UGUUUUCCAAGGGUCAUAUGACCGCCCCCCCCCACCCCCACCGCCGGGGGCGCGCGGGCGGGGCGCGCGGGCGGCGCGGGUGUUGCAACGUGGGGCCCGGGGAGUAGGAUCCGCCGGGGGCCGCGCCCACGUGACGCGGCGCGGGGAUAAAUGGACGGCGCGGCCGGCUCGGCACAGUCACCCUCCCGCCUCCUCCUGCUUGUCUGGAGUCGUCGGAGCCGCCCCGGAGCCAGCCGAGCGCCGCCGCCGGAUGGAGCACCCGCAGCAGCCGGAGGACAGCAUGUCCCAGGAUUUGUCAGAGGCCGUGAAGGCGGCCUCCAGGGAGGUACACAGCCAGGCGGAGAAUUCCGAGUUCAUGAAGAACUUUCAGAAAGGCCAGGUGACCCGAGAUGGCUUUAAGCUGCUGAUGGCCUCCCUGUACCAUAUCUACACGGCCCUGGAGGCGGAAAUCGAGGACAACAAGGAGAACCCGGUCUAUGCCCCCCUCUACUUCCCAGAGGAGCUGCACCGCAGGGCCGCCCUGGAGCAGGACAUGGCCUUCUGGUACGGGCCCCGCUGGCAGGAGGCCAUCCCCUACACGAAGGCCACCAGGCGCUACGUCCGGCGCCUCCAAGAGGUGGGGCGCACCGAACCCGAGCUGCUGGUGGCCCACGCCUACACCCGCUACCUGGGUGACCUGUCGGGGGGCCAGGUCCUCAAGAAGAUUGCGCAGAAGGCGCUAGACCUGCCCAGCUCCGGCGAGGGCGUGGCCUUCUUCACCUUCCCCAACGUCGUCAGCGCCACCAAGUUCAAGCAGCUGUACCGCUCCCGCAUGAACUCCCUGGAGAUGACCCCCGAGGUCAGGCACAGGGUGAUCGAAGAGGUCAAAUCCUCGUUCCUGCUCAACAUUCAGCUGUUUGAGGAGCUGCAGGAGCUGCUGACCCGGGACACCAGGGACCAGAGCCCCUCGAAGGCUCCGGAGCUCCGCAGGCGGGCCGGCAGCAGGGCGCAAGACCCUACGCCCUCAGAGACUCCCGGGGGAAAGCUCCCGCUCAGCAUCCUCUCCCCGGUGCCGCUCCUCCGGUGGGUCCUCACACUCAGCUUUCUGGUGGCCACGGUUGCCGUGGGGCUUUAUGCCAUGUGAACGCCAGCGUGCUGGCUCCUGGGGGCUGAGAACUCUGCCUGGCCGAAGGCCCUCUCUCUCUGGAGGAGAA